CCUCUCACCUAAACCUUUCACGCGAACCGGUAAAAAACUGAACUUCACGACACCACCUCUCUCUCUCUCUGCUUCCCUCUAUUUCUCUGUCUCUCUCUCUCCACACUCAACCUCUCCCCUAAACCCACGCUCUCUCGCACUACAAUCUCUCAACAUUUGCCACCCCACUCCGUUCCGAUCCCCAGCUGAGACCCUACUAUUCAGCCGCACGACAGCAGAGAGAGAGAGAGAGAGAUUGUGAGAUUCGGGUCAAAACCCCCCCAAAAAUCUCUCGAAACCCUAGGAACUCUGGUGGGUUCACAUGGCAUCAUCGAAGGUGAUGAUGGCCUCUUCCACGUCACCGUCCAAUCCGGAUCUGCCGCGCCAGCAUCCGUCCUCGUCCUCUAUACAUUCCCUCUCCCUCGCCGAAGGUUCCAUGAACAUGGACGACAUCCUCAGAAACAUCUACGCCGACGACGACGCCCAAACCCCAUUUCCGGACGAACCUCCCUCCUCCGCCGCCGUCCAGAACGGCGGCGUUUCAAGCAAGACGGUGGACGAGGUGUGGAAGGAGAUCGUUGCGGGAGGGGGAGGGACGAGUCGCGAGCAGCAGCCGGAGAUGACGCUGGAGGAUUUCCUGACCAAGGCCGGCGCCGUGACGGAGGAUGACGUCAGAAUUACGGCGUCUCAGUUUCAGGCUCAGCCUGUGGGGUACGGGGUUGAUUCGGCGGGGUUUCGAAACGGAAUUGAGGGGGCAAUGGUGGCGGUUGGGGGAGGAGGAGGGGGCAGGGGGAAGAGGAGGGCGGUGGAGGAGCCGCCGGUGGACAGGGCGACGCAGCAGAAGCAGAGGCGGAUGAUUAAGAACAGGGAGUCGGCGGCGAGGUCAAGGGAGCGGAAGCAGGCUUAUACUGUGGAGCUGGAGUCUUUGGUGACGCAGUUGGAGGAGGAGAACUCGAGGCUUUUGAGAGAAGAGGCCGAGCAGUCAAAGGAGAGGUUUAAGCAGGUAUGUUUUGACAUCUCUCAUAGUUCAACGAGCUAUAUUAAUCACAUGCUCAUGGACAACCUGAUUCCAGUAGUAGAGCAGAGAAGACCACCACGAUCUCUCCGACGAAUAAACUCGAUGUGCUGGUAGUAGGUGUUUCUACCUUAUGGUUGACAACAAUAAAAGCGGAAGAAACUUGUUUUCUCUUGCACGUCCAUUAAGCUACACCCUCACAUGAAGCACAAAGACUUUAUACAAAAGAAGAAUGAAAGAAAGACAGGUUUAGGGUCCGAUGUUCCUCUAUCACUUGCUCUGGUGGAUGACUUAGGUUUGGGUUGGAUGUUCCUCUCUCGCUUGCUCUGGUGGAUUACUAUAUCUCGGUUUAUCUAACUGUAGGUACCUGUUUGAGGCAUACCUACUUGUGAGCGUAAUCUAAGAAGCCAUGGACUUCUAACAAUCAAACAUGUGAGAACAUUAGAUGGUGUUGUUUCAUUUCCUCGUCUUGUGGAAGGUUUCUGCGAUGGGGCUAGUUAGGUGUUGUAUAGAAACAAAUUACUGUCUUACUUACCAUUCAGUUUCCUCUCUUUGUGAUGUUGAAAAGGGAGACUGAUAAACCUAGACUAAUACUAGGUAUACUUAAAACAUAGCAAUAAAACUUUUUGAGAAUAAAGUAAUUAGGCCUAUGAA